GGAGCAGCUGUUUGUCCCUGCCCGGCCAGAGCCCGUCUUCCUCCCCCGCUGUCCUCAUUGGCUGGCGUGGCUGGCUCCGAGUCAGGGCGAGUCAGGGCUGCUCGGAGGGCAGGGCGGCGGGGAACAGCGCCGGUGCCGGGGCUCCCACUUCCCCAGCCUGCUUCCGCGCUGCCCACCAUGCUGGGAGACCACAGCAGUGUCCCCACAGACCGGGCUCUGCUCAGCCAGCCCCCGAAGACCGGGCUCAGCUGCAAGAUGGUGCUUCAAGCAGUCGGCAAAGUGCUCAGCAGAGCCUCCGGUGUCCCACACAAGGGGUUUGGAGAGACUCCAGCGCCUCUUCUGUCUCAGGGUGGAAGCGUCUGUUUCAGGCAUUCGGGAGAGCAUGGGGGCCGGGGAGCAGGCCUUCACAGUGGUCAGGAAGUCCAAAGCCAAGCCCAACGGGAAGAAGCCCGUCGCCGAGGAGAAGAAGGUGUACCUGGAGCCGGAGUACACCAAGUCCAGGAUCACCGACUUCGGGUUCAAGGAGCUGGUGGUGCUGCCCCGGGAGAUCGACCUCAAUGAGUGGCUGGCCAGCAACACCACGACAUUCUUCCACCACGUCAACCUCCAGUACAGCACCAUCUCAGAGUUCUGCACGGGGGAGGCGUGCCAGACGAUGGCCGUGUGCAACACACAGUACUACUGGUAUGAUGAGCGGGGCAAGAAGGUGAAGUGCACGGCCCCCCAGUACGUCGACUUCGUCAUGAGCUCCGUGCAGAAGCUGGUGACCGACGAGGACGUGUUCCCCACAAAAUACGGCCGCGAGUUCCCCAGCUCCUUCGAGUCCCUGGUGAAGAAGAUCUGCAAGUACCUGUUCCACGUGCUGGCGCACAUCUACUCGUCGCACUUCAAGGAGACCCUGGCGCUCGAGCUGCACGGACACUUGAACACGCUAUAUGUGCACUUCAUCCUCUUCGCCCGCGAGUUCAACCUGCUCGACCCCAAAGAGACGGCGGUCAUGGACGACCUGACGGAGGUGCUGUGCGGCGGCGGCGGCGGCGGCGGCGGGGGCCGCGGGGGCGGGGACGGCGCGGGCGGGGCGGCGGGCGCACAGAACCACGUGAAGGAGAGGUGAGCCCGGCCGCCCGCGUGGGAGAGGCGGCGCGGCCGCGGGGGAGGCGGCGCCCGGCGGCGCGCGGAGUGUGGGCGCGGGCACUCUGCGCCGCCGGCACCGAGAACUUUGGGACUCCGCUCGUCUGCUCAGCAGGCACUUAGGGACCGCCCCCGUCCAAGUCCCCUUCUGUGGGUGCGUCUCUCCCGGUCUUCCGCGCCCGCCCCGCCGCCGGCUCGGCCUCCGGGGAGACACGCGGCAGGCGGGGCUCCUCCCCCAGGCGGGGACCGCAGGCCUCGCUUCCACCGUGUUUCGUUUUGGUUCGGGCUGGGGGUGGCUUUUUCUCCCGCGCUCUCCCGCUUGGUCUGGACCUCGGCUGCGGGGCUCAGGGCGGGUGGGGGGGGCCUGUCUCCCUCCGCUGCCCCCGCUGCCCAGGAGGGGCCCCCGGGCUGGCCGGCUCGGAUCCCGGUGCCCUGGCGGGCGGCCUGUGCGGAGACGCGGCCGGGGGCAGGGGGAGAGCCUGGCUUCCCUGUGCGGGUGUAAUAAAAAGACUUCUCUCAGG